AUGGAUCUGGGAAUGUGGAGGUCUACCUUCAAGAGAAACGCCAAUGGUUUCCCGGAUGGAGACACCUGGAAACUGGAGUUUGAUUCCAUGAUUGAGCCCAAACAUCCUCAGCCCGGAUGGAAGGAGUACAUCACUCGGACCAGUGCAAGGUUUAGGUGCAGCAAGUGUGGAAGACCCUGGCCCUCCAACAUAGUGAUGGUGUUCUUUCACAUGCACCUGGAGGACAGCACGGGCACCGUCAAAGUGAAGCGCUCCGGUCAGAGCUGCCAGGAAUGCAAUGAUGGCCGGAUGCAGGAUCCCAUGGUAGACCUGGAGCACAUCACUAUCCUCAUGAAGAACCUGGUGACGAAAAUGAGAAUUAAGUGCUACAACGAAGACCUGGAUGACUGCGAACACGAUCAGAAGAAGCUCGAUGUCAACAGUUCCCACGAUCCUGACAACUGCGAGGCAUGUCGUAAAGGCUUCUGUAGAAACUAA